AUGUCAGACGAACUUCAGAACAGGUCCGCGAUAUUGCCGCACCCCAAGGCUUAUCCAAUGGUCAUAGAAACUUCUCCAAUUCCUGCCCCAACCGACAGUGAGGUCCUCAUACGCGUGCGUGCGGUCGCCAUCAAUCCUGCAGACUGGGCUGUUCAAACCCUCGGCGUGGUAAUAAAGCCAGAAUUCCACCCUUACGUGAAUGGCUGCGAUGUGGCCGGCGAAGUCGUGGCGGUUGGACCAACCCAGUACCGAUUCAGAUCCGGCGACCGUGUCGUGGCUCUUGCCACAGCUUUCAAAUCUGGCGAUACAAAGUAUGGCGCUUUCCAGGAGUAUAUGCUCGGCGUUGAGCCUUUCAUCGCCAGGAUCCCGGAUCGAAUCGAGUUCAGGGAUGCAGCAGUCCUGCCGCUGUGCUUGUGUACCUCUUCCGCCAUGCUUUUCUCCUCGGAAUUGAUGGGAUUAGACCUACCAAGGUCAGCAGUUCAAGUCAAUCCAAAGGAUGAGGUCGUCCUCAUCUGGGGUGGCAGCUCGAGUAUUGGCUGCAAUGCUAUUCAGGCCGUCAAGGCUGCCGGCUACAUUGUCGCUGCGACCGCGAGUAAAAAGAAUCAUACAUUGUUGCAAGACAUGGGCGUCGACCAUAUUUUUGAGCACCAGGCCGACGGAGUGGUGGAUGAAAUCGUUGCCACGAUCAAGGGGUCGGGCAGGCUGGCAGGAGUUUAUAAUGCCAUUAUCACGGAUGAAACAAUCAGAGCUUGUGCAGAGGUUGCAAGCCGUGUCGAUGGCACAAAACAGGUUGGGACAGUCCUGGCACCGGGAAUGCCCGUCCCUCAGAAUCUUCCAGGGGGUGUAAGGGCCAUUGUCGAUAAGGUGGGCCAAAUGAACCAGCCUGAACUAGGCAAGGCUAUUUUCGCAGACUGGCUGUCAGUUGCCUUAGAAGAUGGCAGCAUGAAAUGUAGGCCACAUCCAGAAGUCGUUGGGACAGGCUUGGACAAGAUACAAGUAGCCGUUGACGCCAUUGGCAAGGGUGUCAGUGGCAAGAAAUUGGUUGUUGAGUUCUGA